AUGUUCACAUGUUCGGAGGAGACCAGUUUCUUGAGCUCUUCGGGUCGAGUUUCCCACACGACGCCAUCCCCGAGCAUGCGCUCGUACUUCAGCUCCAGCAGCAGCAGAUCCACGUUCUCCGCAUCCAGAACUUCCGUUGAGGUCAAGGGAGAAGAUGACGCUCUACUGGCGCUGGCUGCAAAAGCUCGUGCCAAGGUGGAACACGCCCGUGACGUCUUUGCCACUGCCGGAUGGAAGGAACGAAAGGACGGCCAAGGUGUGCGUUUAUUUGAGCGUAAAUUGACCCCCGGCGUGUUCGAUGUUGCAGCCUCCUCAGCGCUUCCUUGCAGUGCCAAUGAAAUUCUAGAGGUUCUCUCCAGUCACAAUAGUGACGAUUUCAACGCCACCAUGGUGGCUCUCGCAGGCGACGCCUUCUCGUACGCAGUCACACUACGAGAGGUACCGACGUCGCGGAUGAACGUCCAUCUGACGACCAAGCGGAUGCAGUUUUCGGGUUCCAUCCCGCUGGUUUCUAGCACUAAGACGUUCGAAUUCCUCGACCACGUCGAAAUCAACUACAAGACACGUACCGCUGUUCGUACCUUUCAGACGCUAACACGCGACCGUGCAGGUCGAUUGAUAGUCGGUGGUGACGUGUUGGCUGGGUACAUAUUGACAGAGCAAGUGAAAUCGCACCAGACGUCGGUGUUUUACUUCGGAACGCACACCAUGUCCUCGGAUGAAGUGAAAUCCAGGGGAAUUGUCAAGGCCAAGCUGAAAGUUGCUACUCUGCGUGAGGCCGCGUUGGUUAAACUUGCUAUAUUGAUCCCAAAGAUCGGAGAUAUCGCAAUCCGGAGACGUCUGGGAGCUGAGGAUACCGUGGAUCCCUCCGACAACGUUGGCGAUGGAAGCUGCUCGGGAUGUGGCAAACUGGUGAAGGAUUCACUGCUGCGAAAGAAACACGUGUGUUACAUCUGUGGCCACGAUACUUGUGGCUCGUGCUCCAAGUCCCAGGAUAUCGAGGGGCGUAUUGGUGUCAUUGAGCGUCUUCGUGUUUGCUGCAUGUGCAUCUCGGCCGCAAGGAAUCGUGCGUUUGAUACAGUUGACGAGACUGACGACGGACGGGUUUAUCUGCUGCGUCCUACUUUAAUCAGUGGGCUCAGCACCACCUCAACGACCCGUACCGCUUCAACAACACCGUCAAGUGUACGGACGCGGAUACUGCCAGCUACUGCAUAG